CCCGGGAAGGAGCAGACAGAUCUCCAGGUCCCCUCCACAGCCGACAGGUUCCUGACAGAGGAAUAUGGGGAGGGUGGCACAGAGCCCCCAACAGGGCCCUACGAUUACACCUAUGGCUAUGGGGACGAUUAUCGUGAGGAGACGGAACUUGGCCCUGCCCUCUCAGCGGAGACAGCCCACUCAGGAGCCGCUGCCCGUGGACCCCGGGGGCUGAAGGGAGAGAAGGGGGAGCCUGCGGUGCUGGAACCUGGCAUGCUGGUGGAGGGGCCCCCUGGUCCAGAAGGCCCCGCGGGAUUGACUGGUCCCCGUGGUAUCCAAGGCAACCCCGGCCCCGUUGGAGACCCGGGCGAGAGGGGCCCCCCUGGCCGAGCAGGGCUCCCCGGAUCAGAUGGGGCCCCUGGCCCCCCUGGCACAUCUCUCAUGCUCCCAUUCCGGUUUGGCAGUGGAGCGGGUGACAAGGGCCCGGUGGUGGCGGCCCAGGAGGCUCAGGCCCAGGCAAUUCUGCAGCAGGCACGGCUGGCGCUCCGCGGACCCCCUGGCCCCAUGGGAUACACGGGCCGCCCCGGACCCUUGGGUCAGCCUGGGAGCCCUGGCCUGAAAGGAGAAUCUGGAGACCUAGGACCCCAGGGCCCCAGAGGACCUCAGGGCCUGACGGGCCCUCCGGGCAAGGCUGGGCGAAGGGGCCGGGCGGGUGCUGAUGGAGCCCGAGGGAUGCCCGGCGAACCUGGAGUGAAGGGUGACCGCGGUUUUGAUGGACUCCCAGGGCUACCUGGGGAGAAGGGACACAGGGGUGAUACCGGUGCCCAGGGCCUUCCUGGGCCCCCUGGUGAGGAUGGAGAGAGGGGAGACGAUGGCGAGAUUGGGCCUCGGGGGCUGCCUGGAGAGUCCGGACCUCGAGGUCUCCUUGGCCCCAAAGGCCCACCCGGGAUUCCUGGACCCCCAGGAGUCCGAGGCAUGGAUGGUCCCCACGGCCCCAAAGGAAGCUUGGGCCCCCAGGGAGAGCCAGGACCUCCUGGACAACAGGGCACUCCUGGGACCCAGGGUCUCCCUGGGCCCCAAGGUGCCGUCGGCCCUCAUGGAGAGAAGGGCCCUCAAGGGAAACCAGGCCUCCCCGGCAUGCCCGGCUCAGACGGACCUCCGGGUCACCCUGGCAAAGAAGGUCCCCCUGGAACCAAAGGAAACCAGGGUCCAUCUGGUCCUCAGGGUCCUCUGGGAUACCCAGGACCUCGAGGUGUCAAGGGUGUGGACGGGAUUCGAGGUCUGAAAGGUCACAAGGGUGAAAAGGGCGAGGAUGGCUUUCCUGGGUUCAAAGGUGACAUGGGUGUGAAAGGUGACAGGGGCGAGGUUGGAGUCCCAGGUUCCAGGGGAGAGGAUGGUCCUGAGGGGCCAAAGGGACGCACUGGACCCACCGGAGACCCUGGGCCCCCCGGGCUCAUGGGCGAGAAGGGCAAGCUGGGUGUUCCCGGUCUGCCUGGCUACCCCGGACGCCAGGGUCCCAAGGGGUCUCUGGGAUUUCCUGGUUUCCCUGGAGCCAGUGGUGAGAAGGGAGCCCGGGGCCUCUCGGGGAAACCCGGGCCUCGGGGAGAACGUGGCCCCACGGGUCCACGGGGUCAGCGGGGACCCCGAGGCGCCACUGGGAAGUCUGGAGCCAAGGGAACAUCUGGUGGUGAUGGUCCCCACGGGCCCCCCGGAGAGAGGGGUCUCCCUGGACCUCAGGGCCCCAACGGAUUUCCUGGCCCCAAAGGACCUCCGGGUCCCCCUGGGAAGGACGGGCUGCCGGGACACCCGGGCCAGAGAGGAGAAGUGGGUUUCCAAGGAAAGACCGGCCCCCCGGGCCCCCCGGGAGUGGUGGGACCCCAGGGAGCCGCAGGAGAAACCGGGCCCAUGGGCGAGCGAGGUCACCCAGGCCCCCCGGGCCCCCCUGGAGAGCAGGGACUGACUGGAACAGCUGGAAAAGAAGGAACGAAGGGGGACCCCGGUCCCCCUGGAGCCCCAGGAAAGGAUGGUCCUGCUGGUCUGAGGGGCUUCCCAGGAGAGAGGGGCCUUCCUGGCACUGCGGGUGGACCUGGUUUGAAGGGAAAUGAAGGUCCAGCUGGUCCCCCCGGCCCUGCGGGCUCUCCUGGGGAGCGAGGUGCAGCAGGAUCUGGGGGACCCAUUGGCCCCCCAGGGCGCCCAGGACCACAGGGCCCUCCUGGAGCAGCAGGAGAGAAAGGCGUCCCGGGGGAGAAAGGCCCCAUCGGUCCUACUGGCCGCGAUGGGGUGCAGGGUCCAGUGGGGCUUCCUGGUCCUGCUGGACCCCCAGGUGUGGCAGGAGAGGAUGGAGACAAGGGUGAGGUGGGCGACCCUGGACAGAAGGGCGCUAAAGGGAACAAGGGCGAGCAUGGCCCUCCUGGACCCCCUGGGCCCCUUGGUCCUGUGGGGCAGCCUGGAGCAGCGGGGGCAGAUGGGGAGCCCGGUGCUCGGGGUCCCCAGGGGCACUUUGGUGCCAAAGGUGACGAAGGAACAAGAGGAUUCAAUGGGCCUCCAGGACCCAUUGGUCUGCAGGGUUUGCCAGGCCCCUCAGGGGAGAAGGGAGAGACAGGAGACGUGGGCCCUAUGGGACCACCGGGCCCCCCAGGACCUCGAGGCCCAGCUGGACCCAACGGAGCUGAUGGUCCGCAAGGCCCCUCAGGAGGUGUUGGGAACCUGGGUCCCCCUGGAGAGAAGGGGGAGCCAGGAGAGUCGGGAUCUCCGGGAGUCCAGGGCGAGCCCGGUGUCAAGGGUCCACGCGGUGAGCGUGGGGAGAAAGGAGAGUCGGGGCAGCCCGGAGAGGCAGGACCACCAGGGCCUAAAGGCCCCACGGGAGACGAUGGCCCCAAAGGGAACCCCGGUCCUGUUGGUUUUCCUGGUGACCCUGGGCCUCCUGGAGAAGCUGGCCCCCGGGGCCAGGAUGGUGCUAAGGGGGACCGCGGAGAGGAUGGAGAGCCAGGACAGCCUGGAUCCCCUGGUCCCACUGGGGAGAAUGGACCUCCUGGACCACUUGGAAAGCGGGGUCCUGCCGGUACCCCUGGCCCUGAGGGGCGACAAGGAGAGAAAGGCGCCAAGGGGGAUCCCGGUGCUGUGGGCGCCCCGGGAAAGACAGGCCCCGUGGGUCCUGCAGGCCCGGCAGGAAAACCUGGUCCUGAUGGUCUGCGGGGGCUCCCGGGCUCAGUGGGUCAGCAAGGCCGUCCUGGGGCCACGGGCCAGGCCGGGCCUCCAGGUCCUGUGGGACCCCCAGGGCUUCCUGGUCUCCGGGGCGAUACUGGGGCCAAGGGAGAGAAGGGUCACCCAGGUCUCAUCGGGCUGAUCGGCCCCCCUGGGGAGCAGGGAGAGAAGGGUGAUCGAGGACUUCCUGGGCCUCAGGGCUCCACUGGACAGAAGGGAGAGACAGGCAUCCCAGGAGCAUCUGGCCCUAUUGGUCCUGGAGGGCCCCCCGGCCUCCCUGGACCUGCUGGCCCCAAAGGAGCCAAAGGAGCCACGGGCCCGGCCGGACCCAAGGGAGAGAAGGGCGUCCAGGGCCCUCCAGGCCACCCAGGCCCCCCAGGCGAGGUGAUCCAGCCCCUGCCCAUCCAGAUGCCCAAGAAGACGCGGCGCUCAGUGGACGGCAGCCGUCUGAUGCAGGAAGAUGAGGCCAUGCCGACUGGGGGUGCCCCGGGCAGUCCCGGGGGGCUGGAGGAGAUCUUUGGCUCACUGGACUCCCUUCGGGAGGAGAUUGAGCAGAUGAGGCGGCCCAUGGGGACCCAGGACAGCCCAGCUCGCACCUGCCAGGACCUGAAGCUCUGCCAUCCAGAGCUCCCUGACGGAGAGUACUGGGUGGACCCCAACCAGGGCUGUGCCCGCGACGCCUUCCGGGUUUUCUGCAACUUCACCGCAGGAGGGGAAACCUGUGUGACGCCCAGGGAUGACGUCACGCAGUUCUCCUACGUGGACUCCGGAGGCUCCCCGGUGGGUGUGGUCCAGCUCACCUUCCUGCGGCUGCUCAGCGUCUCGGCCCACCAGGACGUGUCCUACCCGUGCUCUUCCGGGGAGGCCCAGGAUGGUGCCCUGAAGCUCCGGGGGGCCAACGAGGAUGAGCUGAGUCCAGAGACCAGCCCCUAUGUCAAGGAAUUCAGGGACGGCUGUCAGACACAGCAAGGCCGGACGGUGCUGGAAGUUCGAACACCUGUGCUGGAGCAGCUGCCAGUGCUGGACGCCUCCUUCUCAGACCUGGGGGCGCCCCCGAGGCGGGGAGGGGUGCUGCUGGGGCCUGUCUGCUUCAUGGGCUAGGACCUCCUCCUCUGUCUGACCCUGUCCGUCGAAACCAGGCCCACCUGGAAUCCCACAGCCUCCGCUCUGUGCCACCUCGCAGGAGGGCUCCUCACCAUCUAGGGGGCCUUGGGCCAGGGCACCGAGGGCCUCCUGGUCAGGGGCAGUCCCGGGGAGGGGUGCACCGGGGGCUCACUGCCCUCCCACCUGGAGCCUGUGCCCUGUUCAACAGCUGAGACCCUUAUUUAAAAAUUUACCUCCCAAUCACCCCAAACAAGUGGAAGAGAAG